ACCUAUGGGGACACCUCUAGGGACAGGGAUGGGGACAGGAAUAGGGACCCCGAUGGGGACAGGGACAGGGACGGGGGUGGCGUUCCCGCUCCAGCCCCGCGCGCUUCCCGAGGAUUUCGGGGAGGAGUCGCAGCCCUACGGAGCCGCGGGGGUGCCGCUGGAUCGCCGCUACUCGCACAGCCUGUACCACGACGCCGAUGCCGAGGCGCAAACCGGGACGGGAUCCAUGGAAAAUCUGGGAUUUGGGGCGCAGUUCCCGCCCCACGAGGCGCAGCCACCGUUCCGGGCACCCGAAUCCUUUGGGGUCGCUCAUCCCGAGCCCUUCGUUCCCGAAAUUCCUCAGGCCGUGCCCGACAGCCAAGCCCGGCUCAGCGUGGGCAGCGUCUACAGGCCCAGCUUUGGGGCCAGAGGUCUCCCGGACCUGGUGCCGGACCCCAACUACGUGCAGGCCUCCACGUACGUGCAGAGAGCGCACCUGUACUCGCUGCGCUGCGCCGCCGAGGAGCGCUGCCUGGCCAGCACGGCGUACGCGGCCGAGGCCACCGACUACGACGUGCGGGUGCUGCUGCGCUUCCCGCAGCGCGUCAAGAACCAGGGCACGGCCGACUUCCUGCCCAGCCAGCCCCGCCACCGCUGGCAGUGGCACAGCUGCCACCAGCACUACCACAGCAUGGCGGAGUUCAGUCACUAUGACCUGCUGGAUGUCACCUCGGGCCGCCGCGUGGCCGAGGGACACAAGGCCAGCUUCUGCCUGGAGGACACCACCUGCGACUUCGGCCACCUCAAGCGCUACGCCUGCACCGCCCACACCCAGGGGCUCUCCCCGGGCUGUUACGACACCUACAACGCCGACAUCGACUGCCAGUGGAUCGACAUCACCGACGUCCCCCCCGGCAACUACAUCCUCAAGGUCCAGGUCAAUCCCAAAUAUUUGGUGCUGGAGUCGGAUUUCACCAACAACGUCGUGCGCUGCCACAUCCACUACACCGGGCGCUUCGUGUCCGCCUCCAACUGCCGCAUCGCCCAAUCCUGACGGCAGCCGAAGCCCAGGAGUGUCGCCCGUCCCCUUUCCCGGGAAGUUCCCGAGGUGGCUCCGCUGCGUUCCCAAAGUUCCCCCUUUUCCCAAUAAAAAGCGGGGAAGCCA